GAAACCCAUUUGUUUUGGAGUCCAACAGCAGAAACAAAAGCCCAGAGGUUAAAAAGAUACACAGUACCUAUAGAUCACCAAGAGGACAUGGAAUCAGAGAGGUUGUGGAAAAAUGUGAGUGAUGCAGUAAUUGCAUCAGACAUGCAUGCAGCCACUCAGGAGAAAUAUAUACUGGAGGAGAGGCAGAGAAAUGAGGCAAAGGAAAGGAAAGCCAAGAUGCUGGAGUGGGUACCCAGGCUCUUUGAGAGGGACCCCCUCACGGGGGAUUGGAUGUAUAAGUUUGUAGACAUGCGACCAUGGGAUCCUAGCAAUGAUUUACUACAGUAUGAACAAGGCUAUAAAAUCCAGACCUGGACUAAACACAAGACUCCAGUAGUGCGGACCUGCAGUAUUACAAGUCUGGAUCAGAAGCCAGAUGUGUUUCCAGUCAGACAAAUGAUUUCCCGGAACUGUUCACUGAAGAAGAAGACGCUACAGGCCCUGGAGGAGAGCGAGAGUUCUACUCCGGAGAUCGAGAAUGGCAGGCUAGACAGUGAUUCAUCCGAGCCUAAUAAAAGUCGAAGAGUACAGAAGUCCUCCUCCAGAGCGAGACUGUCGGAGGAAUCACUCACGAAAGCAAUGCAGCCAUUACUGAAACUACAGGAGGAGACAAAUCAAUCCUUAAAAGUGAUACAAACUCGUCUAACUUUAUUAACUUCUCGCAUUGAAGAGCAGCAGCAAGGGACCUUAUCCACUUGGCCUUGGCUGAUUUUAUUUGCAGCAUUUGUGAUUCAGAUAUUUGUUCAGUGGCUCUUCAGGUGAAGGCGAAGACCCGGUUAUGGAUUAAUGUUGAUUGUCCCUGUGUGUUUUUGCUUUGCCAGUAAUUUUCUGUUAUGUUUUUACAUUUUAUGUUUUAUCUGCUGAUGGAAGAUCUGAGUUUUUAAAAGACAAUGAAAAUAGUUUAAUAUGCUAUUGUGAUUUCUUAGAAUUUGGAACAAUACACUCCAUGAAAUGUGUAUCAAAUCUACUGGUUAUAAUUCUGAAGAAGAUAAAUACAUGCUUCUCUAUUGUUACAUCAUAAUACCAUGCUCAUGAUACUUGAUGUUAAAACUUAAGUGCAAACCAUUUUGGUUGCAAACUGUUUUUGUUUCAAAAAUUAAUAUGAGUAGCAUAAUUUCUGGUAACUCAUUAGAUAAAUAAUGUAAAUAUAAGGUAUAAAUUGGAUUUUUUGAAAAUUAAUAAUAAGGUACAUGAACUACAACACUCUAUGUCAGGAUAUUUAAAAUGAGGCACAUACAAAAACUUUAUGUAAAUAUAAGGUAUAAACUGGAUUUUUUGAAAAUUAAUAAUAAGGUACAUGAACUACAACACUCUAUGUCAGGAUAUUUAAAAUGAGGCACAUACAAAAACUUUAUUUAAAAUAUGCCAGUAUCAGUAUGAAGCACUGAAGUUCAUGUCCACGUGAAUUUUCAAAAAAAAUUUAUUCAUUUCUUAGAUAAAGAUUUCAAAAAAAGUUGUCCAAUUAAGGAAAUAUUUUUUCCAUAGGGAAAUGGUGCAAUAAUCAUUAAAAGAAAGAUUCAUUAUUGAUUUAAACAUUAUGUGAUAGGACAUUUUUGCUGCAAUUGAUUAUUUAGUGUUACAUUGUAUGUGCUACAAUGUGUUUCAAACUAUUGUGUUCAUCAUAUUAAUUAUAUAUUUUGUUUGAUUACUAGAGUUGAUAUUAUUUUGAUUUGAUUAGUUGUGCAAUACAUCAUUAAAGCCUCAUUUGUUAAUAUGAUUUCUCAAUCUUAUGGUGCAAUCCUUUAAUAUCUGUUACAAACAUAUAUUAUU